AUGCCCGACCCACGCCUUGUCGACUCGAAGUCGACCUUCACCUCCUUCAGCCAUAUACUCGAUGCACGCAUCCUCCGAGCCCUCGCGGACAUGGGCUUCGCGCGACCGACACUAUGGCAAACGGCGGCCUACUGCAUACCGGUCGUGCAGAAGGUGCUCAAUGCGAAACAUAGCCUCGCCGACGACGACAUGAAGCGUCAAGCGACUCGUGCCCUCAUCCUCGUGCCGACUCGCGAGCUCUCCGAGCAAGUCUCCGCGCACUUGCGCGGUCUAAUCGUGUACUGCGAAGAAGACGUGGUCGUUGCCAACGCUCUACCGGAACAUCGGCCAUCUCCAGAAUUGUCUGACAACCCGGACAUCGUCAUCGCUACUCCGUCUCGCGUGCUUGCUUUGCUGCAAUCAAAGACAUUGUCUCUAGGCUCUUUGGAAUCUCUCAUCAUCGAUGAAGCCGACCUGAUUCUGUCAUACGGGCAUGACGAAGACGUCCGACAGAUCUUUGUGUUCCAAUCGUUCCUCAUGAGCGCAACGAUGACAGAAGAUGUCGAGGCGCUGAAGGGACUGGCUUUACGGAAUCCUGCGAUUCUCAAGCUGGAGGAAGAGGAAGAUGAGGCCGCUAACUUGACACAGUACUCCGUCCGUUGCUCUGAGGUCGACAAGUUCCUCCUCACCUACGUCAUCCUCAAGCUCAAGCUCAUCAAGGGCAAAUGCAUAUUGUUCGUCAACGAUGUCGAUCGGUGCUACCGUCUGAAGCUGUUCCUGGAGCAAUUCUCCAUCAAGAGCUGUGUCCUCAACUCGGAGCUGCCUCUGAACUCAAGAUACCACGUAGUACAAGAGUUCAACAAGGGCGUUUACGACUACAUUAUCGCGUCAGAUGAGAGUGCGGGCAAAGCUGAGCAAGACUCAGAAUCUGAAGAGGAACAGGAAGCGGUGGAUGACGAGUCUGAUGAUGACGAGUCCCGAGCCUGCAGAACCCUCUACCAACGCCCAUCCACCCCUCCACCCUCAAAACCCUCAAGCGCAAGUCGCGCGAUGCCUCCCCUCCCCCUCCCCCUCCACUCAAACCAACCCCAGUCCCACAAACGCAAACGGCGGCGGAACGGCGCGCCCGACGCCGAGUACGGCGUCUCGCGCGGCGUCGACUUCGUCGACGUCUCCUGCGUCAUCAACUUCGACUUCCCGACCUCCGCGCGCGCGUACACGCACCGCGUCGGGCGCACCGCCCGUGCGGGCCGCACCGGCAUGGCGCUCUCCUUCGUCAUCCCCGCGGCCGAGGUGGGCAAGAACCGGGCCGUGGGCGGGGUGCCGAGCACGCGGCGCGACGAGCGGGUGUUCGCGCGCCUCCGGGAGUACAAGUUCGACAUGCGGCAGGUCGAGGCGUUCCGGUACCGGAUGGAGGACGCGCUGCGGGCGGCGCACUUUGAGGACAACCCGCUCGACCUGGAGUACCUGAGGCACGACAAGCCGCUCCAUCCGACGCGCGUGCAGUCGCACAUGAAGCACGUACCCAAGUACCUCCUCCCACGCAUCGCGCCUGUCCCAGGUGUGAGCGCUGCCCCCGAAUCCGAUGCUGUGCCGACGAAGGAAGGCGACAAUGGAGGGCGCGGGCGAGGACGAGGGAGGGGACGAGGGCGUGGAGGCGGGCGCGGCGGGCGCGGCGGGCGUGGAGGGAAGAAGAAGUCGGACCCGUUGAAGAAGUUCGGCUGA